AUGAAGCAACCGCUUUUGGACCAGGCAACUUCUUCCUCAUCUGAGGCAACCGGCACUAAAUCACUUUUCACAGAUGCUGGAUGGUUCAGCAUCAUCACUUUUUAUUGGAUGGGGCCCUUACUUGAUCUUGGCAGAAAGAAACCGCUAGAUCUCGACGAUGUGCCAUUCUUGGAUGACAGUGACAGUGUCCAUGGGGUCCUCCCUAAUUUCAAGGCAAAGAUUGUGUCAAACUCUGCGACGGGGCAGUUCACCGGCGUUACGGCGGUCAAGCUGGCCAAGGCUAUUGUGCUUACAACAUGGAAACCUAUCCUCGUCACUGCCGUCUACGCCCUACUUAGCAGUGUUGCUUCAUAUGUCGGUCCCUACCUGAUCGAGUACUUUGUCGACUAUCUAAACAAAAGUUCAAGAUCCACCAAAGAGGGCUACGUUCUAGUGUUGACGUUUGUUGCCGCGCAGCUGAUCGAAGGCCUCUCGACGAGGCAUUUGCAGUUUAGAUCAAAACAAGUAGGGGUGCGUGCACGUUCAUCGCUUGUCGCUGCUAUCUACCAGAAAGGCCUUGCCCUCUCCAGUCAGUCCAGGCAAAGCAACUCGAGCGGAGAGAUGAUCAAUGUCGUGAGCCUCGAUGCCGAGUGUGUAGGAGAUUUCAGUCGAUCCAUGCACGAUCUUUGGCGGCUUCCUGUGCAAAUUGUUCUAGCCAUGCUCAUCUUAUACUCGACACUUGGUUUUUGCCCUGCAUUUGCUGCCCUUCUUGCCACUGCUUUGACAAUUGGGGGUAAUAAGCCUUUAGGGAGAAUGGAGCAAAAUUAUCAAGAGAGAAUGAUGAGCGCCAAGGACGUGAGAAUGAGGGCUAUGUCUGAGAUCUUACAGAGCAUGCGCAUUCUCAAGCUUCAAGGAUGGGAAAUGAUCUUCUUGUCCAAGAUCAUAGAGUUGAGGAAGGUAGAGAUGAAUUGGCUAAAGAAGAACGUAUACACCUCGGCGAUGCUCCUAUCCAUCUUCUUUUCUGCUCCUGCUUUUGUUGCUAUGGUCACUUUCGGUGUUUGCGUGCUUAUGGGCAUUCCAUUAGAAACAGGUAAAGUGCUAUGUGCCCUGGCAACAUUUAGACAGCUGCAAACACCUAUCCAUGGUCUACCAGACGCAUACUCUAUGAUCAUUCAGACAAAAGUAUCGCUUGACAGGAUAUGCUCAUUUCUCUGUCUUGAGGAACUCCCUAGUGAUGUUGUAACUAAGCUUCCUAGGGGUACCACCGAUGUGUCGAUUGAGGUGACGAACGGUCAUUUCUCUUGGAAUACAUCUUCUCAAGUGCCUACUCUCCAAGACGUGAACUUCCGUAUACGACAGGGAAUGAGGGUUGCUGUCUGUGGAACAGUUGGAUCUGGCAAAUCAAGUUUAUUGUCUUGCAUACUCGGUGAGAUACCAAAAUUAUCAGGAGAGGUUAAAACUUGUGGCAGGAUCUCCUAUGUUAGCCAAACACCUUGGAUACAGAGUGGGAAAAUUGAAGAUAAUAUACUUUUCGGCACAGAAAUGAAUAGGGAGAGGUAUGAAAAGGUCCUUGAAGCAUGCUCACUUAUCAAGGACCUGGAUAUAUUACCAUUCGGUGACCAGACGAUUAUAGGAGAGAGAGGCAUUAACCUCAGUGGUGGACAAAAACAGAGGAUACAAAUAGCCCGUGCUUUGUACCAUGAUGCUGAUAUCUAUCUAUUUGAUGAUCCGUUUAGUGCAGUUGAUGCUCAUACUGGAUUGCACUUGUUCAAGGAGUGCUUGCUUGGAUUUUUAGCUUCAAAAACAGUUGUGUAUGUUACACAUCAUGUCGAAUUUUUACCUUCAGCCGACGUUAUCAUGGUAUUGAAAGAUGGCAAAAUAAUACAAGCAGGGGAUUACACUGAAAUUCUUAAUUCUGGAAAAGAAUUCACUGAAUUAAUUGUGUCCCACAAGGAUGCAUUAUCUACUAUGGACAUGUUGGAGCUCCCAAGUAGCAAUUAUGAAAGUAGUUGCCAUCUUCAUGGCAAUGGAAGCGCCCUGCCCAUAGCAGAUGAGCAAACACAUGAUAACAAUCAAGAAGUACUUGUUCAAAAUGGUCAACUUGUACAAGAAGAAGAGAGGGAGAAAGGCCGGGUUGGGUUUAUUGUCUACUGGAGAUAUAUUACAAUGGCACACAAAGGAGCAUUUGUGCCACUUAUUUUGCUAGCUCAGAUCAUUUUUCAAUCUCUUCAAAUUGGAAGCAAUUUAUGGAUGGCUUGGGCAGCUCCGGUAUCUAAAGAUGUGAAUCCUCCAGUCAAUAGCUCGACGAUGAUAAAUGUAUAUGUUGCAUUAGCUCUUGUUACCUCAUUGUGCGUCUUCAUACGAUCCUAUCUUCUAGUCAUGGCUGGAUGUAGGACUGCAACCAUGCUAUUUGACAAGAUGCACGAAUGCAUAUUCCGAGCACCGAUGUGUUUCUUUGAUUCCACUCCUAGCGGCCGUAUCUUGAAUAGAGCCUCCACCGAUCAGAGCGCAGUGGAUACUCAAAUAUAUGAUCUGAUGGGCUACCUUCUAUUUCCUGCCAUCGAAAUUCUUGGAACAAUUAUUCUAAUGUCGCGGGUUGCAUGGCCAGUAUUUGUAAUUUUUGUCCCUGUUAUUAUUGCAUCUCUAUCAUAUCAGCAAUACUACAUAAGUGCUGCUAGGGAGUUGCAGAGGUUAACUGGAGUUUACAGAGCUCCUGUGAUGCAGCAUUUCGCCGAAUCAAUAGCUGGCACAACUAUAAUUAGAUGCUUUGAUAAGAAAAGAGAGUUCAUCAGUUGGACUGGCCAAUUGAUGGAUAAUUUAUCUCGGGCAAGUUUAUAUAAUGCUGCUGCGAUGGAAUGGCUGUGCUUUCGCUUGGACUUUCUUUCUUCUUUUAUUUUUGGAUUUGCCUUGAUACUUCUGGUCACCUUGCCAACUGAUCUAAUUGACUCAAAGACAGCUGGUCUUGCAGUCACUUAUGGACUAAGUCUGAAUAUGCUGAUAGGGUGGGCUAUUAUGGUCCUCUGUGCUUUGGAAAACAGAAUGAUAUCUGUGGAAAGAAUAUUGCAAUACAUGACCAUUCCUUCUGAACCGCCCCUUACGAUAUCAGAAAGUAGGCCGGAUUGCCAUUGGCCAACAAAGGGUGAAAUUGAGCUUCGCAACCUCCAUGUAAAAUAUGCGCCACAUCUGCCUUUAGUUCUGAAAGGCGUGACGUGCACCUUCUCAGGAGGUAUGAAGACUGGUAUUGUUGGAAGAACAGGUGGUGGAAAGUCAACCUUGAUUCAAACACUAUUCCGCAUUGUCGAUCCGUGUGUCGGGCAAAUAUUGAUAGACGGCGUCGACAUCUCCACCAUUGGACUGCAUGACCUACGGACAAGACUGAGCAUCAUUCCACAAGACCCUGUUAUGUUUGAGGGGACUCUGCGAAGCAACAUCGACCCUCUCGAUGAAUACAAUGAUGAGCAAAUCUGGGAGGCAUUGGACUGCUGUCAUCUUGGAGAUGAAGUUCGGAAGAACGAGCUUAAGCUCGACUCUACAGUGACAGAGAAUGGCGAAAACUGGAGCGCGGGUCAGCGGCAGCUUGUUUGCUUGGGAAGGGUGAUUCUAAAGAGGAGACGGAUCUUAGUUUUGGACGAGGCAACUUCUUCAGUGGAUCCGAUAACCGACAGUUUGAUCCAGAAAACCUUGAAACAGCAAUUCGCCGAAUGCACCGUGAUCACGAUAGCGCACCGUAUCACAUCGGUUCUUGAUAGCGAGAGGGUUAUUCUUCUGGACAACGGUGAAAUUGCAGAGCACGACUCACCGGCGAGGUUGCUAGAGGACAGUUCGUCCUUAUUCUCCAAACUUGUGUCGGAAUACACAAUGGGAUCAAAAUUAUAA